AUGACAGCAGUGUGGCGUUGGCGGAUUCUAGAAGAUUCGAAAACUUGGAAAAAUAAGUUUUAUUUGAUCUACCUCUCAGGAGCAUUCACAAAAAUAUCGGAUGAUUUUGGAGGCGGACUUCCGAAGAACGAUCCUGUGAACAAUGGAACACCCUGGACCAUUAUGAUGUAUGUGAAUGGAGAAUCGAUUCGAGCUGCAUAUGCUGAUCCAUAUCCAUUAGUCGACAAUAACGAAGGACGAUUGAAUGAAACAGGUGAGAAGGUUAGUGAAUUCAAAUAUUUAGUGACUCUCGACGGACGAAUCGAUGCGAAAACUUGUUGGUUUGCCACCUCGUUACUACGAAUCAUCAGCUCCUUGCUUACUGUAGUCGUCGGUUCUUCGUCAACUAGGAAUCGAACGAAGCAAUAG